CUCGCAGAAGACCGGUCUCUGUAUCCAGGCUGUGAACGGUUUUCUCCGUGUCCGUUUUCCUCCGCUCCUCUCUCUCUUUCUCUUAGUUAUUUGGCAACAGAGGCGUACCAAUCAUCCGAAGGACGACUUUAAAGAUCAAAUCUCGCGUCUCUCUGGGAUUUUGCUGCAUUUCUGCCGUUUUCCCCUCAGCAUCUUCUCUCAUCUUUGAAACCGUCAGCAGUCUCACCACAAACUGAAUGUCUCUUGCUGUCUGUGGUAAUUUGUUAUCAUGACCACUGCAAAGGAGUCAAAUAUAUCGACCAAAACAGCUCAACAGCAAGAACAGGAGCUGGUGGGAAGUAACCCUCCGCAGAGGAACUGGAAGGGAAUAGCGAUCGCACUGCUUGUUAUUCUGGUCAUCUGCUCUCUGAUCGUCACCUCUGUCAUUCUGCUGACUCCAGGUGAGGAUGAUAGCCUGGCCUUUAAGGAAAAAGUGACAGUGGAAGAAAUCUUCAAGAAAGACUUCAAAGUUCACGACCCCAACGCUAAGUGGAUCAGCAGUAAUGAGCUUCUCUAUCGUACCCGUGAAGGUGACGUGGUUCGCUAUAACAUGGAGACCAACGAGAGCACGAUCUUGGUGACAAACAGAAAGUUUGAAAUGUACAAAGCCAGCAAAUAUGAAGUUUCCCCUGAUAUGAAACUCGUUCUGCUGGCCUACAACGUGCAGCUGGUUUACGAGCACUCUUUCACCGCGGACUACAUCAUUUGCAGCCUGGAAACUCCGGAAACGUGGAUCCUGAACCCUCCAGAAGUGAGAAACGCUCAUCUGCAGUAUGCUGGAUGGGGACCUCGAGGCCAGCAGCUGAUCUUUAUAUUCGAGAAUAACAUCUACUACCGGGCCACAGUGGAGAACAGAUCCAUUCGUCUUGUUUCUACCGGGAAGGAGGGUGUGAUAUUCAAUGGCCUAACCGACUGGCUGUAUGAAGCGGAGAUCUUUAAGUCCCACAUCGCACACUGGUGGUCUCCGGAUGGGGCUCGACUCGCGUACGCGACCAUCAACGACACGCUGGUGCCCAAAAUGGAGAUCCCCAUGUUCACCGGCUCACUCUAUCCGACGGCGAGACAGUACCAUUAUCCUAAGGCAGGAGAGGAAAAUCCGGUCAUUUCGUUGUAUGUGGUGAAUCUUAAUGGGCCUCUGCACACUAUUGAGAUGAGAAGACCAGAGGACCAAAGAAUAGGGGAGUACUAUGUGACAAUGGUGAAGUGGGCCACAAGUACCAAACUAGCUGUAAACUGGCUGAACCGUGCUCAGAAUAUCUCCAUCCUCACCCUUUGCGUGGCCACAACGGGUGUCUGCACCAAGAAACACGAGGAUGAAAGUGAAGGGUGGCUGCACAGACAGAACGAAGAGCCGCUGUUCUCUAAAGACGGUCUGAGGCUGUUCUUCACCAGAGCAAUCCCGCAGGGAGGACGAGGGAAGUUUUUCCACAUCUCCAUGUCCAUCUCACAGCCCAACAGCAGCACAGAUACUCUGCAGUCCAUCACAUCUGGAGACUGGGACGUCACGCAGGUUCUGGCAUAUGACGAGGACAGCCAGUUAAUAUAUUUCCUCAGCACUGAGGAUGACCCUAAAAGAAGACAUCUCUACAGCGCAGACACAGUGGGCACCUUCAACCGUCGCUGUCUGUCCUGUGACUUCACUGAUAGCUGUGGGUACGUCAGCGGAUCCUUCAGUCCCACCAUGGACUACUUCCUGCUCAACUGUAAAGGUCCUGGAGUUCCAUAUGCUGCAGUUUACAGCACCCAUGACAGACAGAAGGUGCGUGACAUUGAGUUGAAUCUGAACCUGAGGAGAAAGGUGAACUCCAUGCAGAUGCCAAGAGUGGAAUACAGGGAGAUAAACAUAGAGGAUUAUAGCCUCAGCGUGCAGAUCCUGAAACCUGCAGGCUUCAUAGACACGUCACAUUACCCACUUCUGCUCCAUGUAGAUGGGACUCCAGGCAGUCAGUCGGUCUCAGAGCAGUUUCACAUCGACUGGGCAUCAGUGCUGGUCAGCAGUUUUGGGGUGGUUGCAGUGCGCUUUGAUGGACGUGGAAGUGGCUUCCAGGGCACUAACUUGCUUCAUAAGGUGCAGCGCAGGCUGGGGAUGUUCGAGGAGAAAGACCAGCUGGAUGUCCUCAGUAUUAUGAUGCAGGAGCCAUAUAUUGACAAGACCAGAAUUGGAGCUUUUGGACAGGUGUAUGGCGGUUACAUCACCAGCCUUCUGCUCAGCUCUGAAGACUCCAUGCUCAAGUGUGCUGCAGUGCUCUCACCCAUCACAGACUUUGCACUAUAUGCUUCAGCUUUCUCCGAGAGAUAUCUGGGCCCUCCCAAGCCAGACCGGAGAGCAUACGAGAUGGCCAACCUUGCAUACAGAGCAUCCCAGUUCAUUGAUAAGAAGUUUUUAAUCAUUCAUCCGACAGCAGAUGAAAAAGUUCAUUUUCAGCACACGGCCAAAUUCAUCUCCAGGCUAAUCAGCGAGAGAGCCAAUUACUCUCUGCAGAUCUACCCAGACGAAGGACACUUCAUUCACAAUGAGGUGACACGACAACAUCUCAGUCAGUCACUGGUCAACUUCUUCGAAGAGUGUUUCCGGCUCCCGGAUCUAGUGUUCGAGGAGGCGUUAGAGGAGGAGAGCGAAGAAGAGGGUUAGUCCACCCUUUCCAUGAAAGGCCAAGCACAAAGCCAGCUCCUUUUGCCACAUAAUAUGCAACCCAUAGAUUCGAACCCCACAGUUUUCAGUUCCCUCCCGGUGUAGCAUGCUGACUUUGAGAACGCCCCGGCCUUGUGUUCCUGCCUCAGCUCCCCUUCAGGUGCUCCUCACCAUCCAUCAACCCUUGACGUGGCAUCAGGCUGGCGCCACAUCGUCUCGCUCUCCCCAGCAGGCCAGUUAUAAGCUUCUGAAGGUGUUGGGAGUCUCUGGUCUGUCCAUCACGUUGACAGAUGAGAUGGCGCGAUAUUAACUGACCGCCGAGCACGAAUCCCCUAGAGCUGUGGGACUCGCAGGAGUUGAAACAGCAAGACUGAGGGGGUCAUUCGGUGUUUGAUAUUUGGUGUUUUGGGGGCGAAAAAGGGGUUGUUGUCGUCGGGAGAACGUGUCAUUUGUGGUUUAAAAGGUCUUCUCAUGUCCAAUUGUGCUCGUGUCUGGUGUUCCAAUGUAAAGAAAAACAUUCCCUUUGGAUAUCUAUAAAACUUGUUUUUCCGUGUUCUCAAGCGUGUCCGAGUCUUGGAAAUCGUGUAGCCUCAAGUGUGUAUUUAGAUGGUGUUUAUUCAUUGCCGAAACUUCAUCAUGCGGAAGGGGAGCGAAAGCGAUUCUCAUUAUUCUCGCAGACCAUGACAGUUGUACAAGACUGUUGAUCCCACUUCUCAGUGUGUGUGUUUUUUUUCUUGAAGAGAUGGUCUGUCAGUGCCGGAGAAAGCACUCUAUGUUGAUUUAGUCACUGUGCCUUAUUAUGGGGGUGAACUAUGUUCGAGGAGCCCCCUUGUGAAUAUCACCAGGCUUAUGUUGGAUGGAGUAAAAUCCUGUACCUAAAGCAUCCGCUUUUUUGUUGCCACAAUAGAAUUACAAAUUUUUAUUUGCGCAUGUGUGAGCCAGUGUUGUUUUAUCAUCAACAAAACAAACCAUCUCACAUCCUGCUAAUGGCGUUUUACUAUCCACUUUAAGGAUCGAGUAAUGGAGCAUGAAAUUAAAAUGUAUGAUUUCAGCAUUAUCUCAGUAUUAAACGAAAGCCCCUCUGAGGGUUUACAGACACUUUGUAGAACAUUUGUUGAUUCAUGCCCAAAAACAUAUCUGUACAUACAAAAGUAUAUUAAGUAGGGUAGGAAACACUUCUGUGUUAAAGGGACAGUUCAGUCAAAAAAUUUUAAUUCUGACAGGUAUUAAAUGUUUAAUUCAAUUAACCUUUAUUUCUAUAGCGCUUUUACAAUGUAGAUCGUGUCAAAGCAGCUUAACAUAGAAGCUCUAGUCAAUUGAAACUCUGUCAAUCCAGUUUCCAAGUUGAAGUUCAGUUCAAUUCAGUGUAGUUUAAUUUUCACUGCCGAAAGUCCAAACACUGAAGAGCAAAUCCAUCAAUGUGCAGCUCCACAAGUCCCAAACCAAGCAAGCCAGUGGUGAGGAACAAACUUCACCAAUUGACGAAAAUGAGAGGCACCUCAGGAGAAACCAGGCUUAGUUGGGCACAACCAUUUGUCCUCUGGCCAAACUUCUUGUGCAGAGCUACAGUCUAGGCGCUGGAGUCUGGAGAAUGCUGGACGUCCAUCAUGGAGAAACCACAUGUGUCUGUGAGUAGGUCACCGGCACGUGUGCCCUUGGGUAUCAAUGCAGACACUCGUCUGUCACUGGGGUCUUUCAAGAAUUAGUCUCAUGCUCUCCACUCCUUCAUGAUCACCACAGCAUCUGCUUAGGGUACAGCCUGGUCUAGGAUUAUGGAGACCUCGGGAUAAUAUAAAACAGACUAACAUAAACGUAGAGGCUGUUCAAAUUAUAAUGUCUUUUGGGAAGUGUUCCCAGCUCCGGUUGCCUUAAUUAUUGCAGCCUAAUGCUGCGUUCAUACCAGACGUGGAUGAAGUGCCAAGCGCGAGUGAUUUACAUGCAAGUCAAUGCAAAAACGUGAAUACACAUCCUGCGGUGUAUUUCGCAUGUAUCGUGUCAUUUGAAUCACAUCAUGAAGUGGCGCGAGUUCAGCAUUUUGCGCAUUUGACGCGUGAAUCGCUCUAGUUGGAAAAUCUGAACUUCAAAGGACAUUCAUGCUGCGUUAACCAAUCAGGAGCUUUCUCUUGUAGGGGCAUGAUUAUGACGUAGCGCCUGUUGUUGGUACCCGGGGAGGAAAUAGUCUUGCCGACACAGGACAACAGCUCAUUCAAACUGGGCUCAGCUCAAUCUAAGGCACCGCUGAAAGCCUCCAUCAUCCAGGUACAGUUUCUAGAGGAGUUGGUGUACCUCUGAAAGGAUCUAGGGUGCUCAGACACAACGCCAAACGAAUCAACGCUGUUUAUCAGCCUUCCUAAAACACAUAAACACAGCUAUUCUCUCAAUUAAAUCCAUGUUAACCAUUUAACAAUGACGCUAAUGUCACUAGGCAGACAGAAGCUCUGCCUAUGACAUGAAUCUGCGUUUAUUGUGAAGGGAAUUUGACACGCGGAUGAAGCGUAAACUCAAAAUGUUCACACAUCUAUUUAUGUACGAAUAUCGCGAUUUAUUCGCGUGUUUCGUGUCUGGUGUGAACACAGCACAACAAUCCUUUAGCCUGUAUGAAUUUAGAACAUGAGCAGUGUUUAGUAUGGGAUCGUUAAGCCUGGUUAUAAAUGUCGAAUGAUCAGCGUGACCCACGGCACAUGCCUUGCGCGUGGUUGUGCAUUUAUACUUCUGCACGCUGUUUCUGUUGCUCUGCAACAACACUUCUGAAACGCUAGCUGGCAGUAGGUGUUUAUGUUCCUCUGUGUCGAGUUUCUUCACUGGUGUUCUGUUUUUUUCUGAAUGCUACCCUAAUGUAGAAGUAGGUCAAAUUCGCUCAUUUUGAGGCAGGAACCGGCGGACGUGCAACAACUUUAAUCAUAAGGUAAACACAAAACAAAAGUCUCCAUCUGGAACUCCUUUGUGGGACUCGACACUUGUAAACACUCACUCCAAGGUUCGCAAGGCUCUCUGUCCCACCCACACUUGUCAGCGCUAGCAAGCUGACCAAUCACAAUGCUUGCACUAUGCGUCGUUGCGACAUGUAUUUAAAUUUUUUGAAAGGGGAUUUAUACUUCAGCGCCAAGCGCACGUGUAUGCUCCGGCACUGCCUUCACGCGGUCGCAUAGCCCUCGCUGUGGCUGACGCUGAAGUAUAAAUCAGACUUUACUUGUGCAUGAACCAGAAGUUGAGACUUUUAUUUCAGCGUGUUAAUGUACUUCUGACUGAAAUUGAAUAUUGAGUAGUGGGCGGAGCUUUUUGCGCAUCAUUCCCUCAUAACAAUAUGAGGGGCGUGGUUAUGUAUAUUAUCAAACUGACAUCAACAGAGGACCAUCACCCCAAAAGCAGAAGCUAAUCUAAAGAAAAACUGUGUCCACUAGUAAAAUAAGCACUGACACUUUUUUUACUUGUUUAAUGGCCAUAAAGGUUUGCAACGAGGUUGAGUAAAAGAUAUCAAAAUGUCUGUCCCUUUAACACCUGUAACAUACAGUAUUGUGCAAAUGUUUCGCAUUCAUUAUAUCAUAUAUGGUAUGUUUAUAUGCUUUGCACAGUACUGUAUAUGAACAGUUAUUGGUUGUGACUUUUGCCUAUAAAAGCUUAUGAGGAAGAACAGUUUUAUUUCUUUUGGAUGAAAUGUUCAUGUUUAAUCUUGAUGCAUUCAUAUUGCAUGUAGAAAAAAAAAUACUCAAAAGCUAUUUUUUAAAAUAUCUGCAUAGUAUUUUUGACAGCUUGAAUGUUCCUACCUGCAUUUCAUUUCUGGUUUUGUGAGUGAGAUUUGGGUCUUGUGUGCUUGAUGUGUAAGUGUUACUCAAAUAUCAUUUAAGUCUCUGAAUAUCUGAGUGUUUCCUGUACAUAAUGCAUCUGAAGGUGUUUCGUUCUUCUGUGGCAAGCAGAGCGGCCGCGGUCACGCCUGUAACUGAACAGAAAAAAAAAAAUCACAUGGGACCAAGAGUGUGAUGGGAUUGCUGUUUACUGACUCAGCGAGAACAGUCAUAUUGUGGCACCUCUCAGAAUACAAACUGUUUUUCAUCACCUUUGUCAUGAUUUGUUUUCCUUACUUGGACAAAAGAGGAUGAAUACGUAAGUAACCAAAAUAAACUGAAAGCCUUCGAUGUCUAUGUCCUGUUUUCUUGUGAAUUAAGUGAUUGGGUGCAUUUAUACCUGAUAUGACUAUCUGUAAGGUCAUUUCUUAGAUUAUUAUUAUUUUAGAAUUUUUUAAUUUGAGAAAGCUGGUAAAUGAAUCAAAUAAAACCCA